UCUCAAAUAAUUUAGAGAUUGGGUAUUGCUCAGUCAAAUUUUCAGGUUUCUUGUUAGUUUCUCUCAUAAAUAUCUACAAUUAUGCAGUAUCCAACUUCUUGACUAAAUUAGUAACCGAAGAAUUACUUAUUAUUAUUUGAAAAGUAUUGAUUUUUGAGGGAAAAUAAAAGCAACGAAGAUAGACUCCGGGUGGGGUUGGGCGUCUCCGCCCUUACGUCUUCAAUUAGCCUCGCAUUUGCGGGGCACUUGUAGGAUGGGAGAAAUGGCUUUGGGGGAGAGACCCCCUUCUCCAGCCAGAUUAUCUCAUACAUCUGAUAAACAUCCCAAAAAUACCCUCACUGAACUGAAUUUACUGAGGCGACACAGGGAACUAUGUGAUGUUGUUCUGAAUGUAGGAACUAGGAAAAUAUUUGCCCACAGAGUUAUUCUCAGUGCAUGCAGUCCCUAUUUUCGGGCUAUGUUCACUGGCGAAUUGGCUGAAUCUAGACAAACAGAAGUUACUAUUAGAGAUAUUGAUGAGCUAGCUAUGGAUUUACUGAUAGAUUUUUGUUAUACAUCUCAUAUUGUUGUAGAAGAGUCAAAUGUACAAAUGCUUCUACCAGCUGCUUGUUUAUUGCAGCUAACUGAAAUUCAAGAUAUAUGUUGUGAAUUUCUGAAAAGACAAUUAGAUCCUUCCAAUUGUUUAGGAAUAAGAGCCUUUGCAGAUACACAUUCUUGUAGAGAAUUACUUAGAAUAGCUGAUAAAUUUACCCAGCAUAAUUUUCAAGAAGUUAUGGAUAGCGAGGAGUUUCUAUUACUUCCUGUUGGUCAACUUGUGGAUAUUAUAUCUAGUGAUGAAUUAAAUGUCAGAACAGAGGAGCAAGUUUUUAAUGCUGUCAUGCUGUGGGUUAAAUAUAAUGUAUCUGAACGUAGGCAGCAUUUGCCCCAAGUAUUACAACAUGUUAGAUUACCCCUUUUAAGCCCCAAAUUUCUUGUGGGAACUGUUGGGUCUGAUCUGCUUGUGAGAUCUGACGAGUCAUGUCGAGAUCUUGUGGAUGAAGCAAAGAAUUACCUCUUAUUACCUCAAGAAAGACCUUUAAUGCAAGGACCUAGAACAAGACCUAGAAAACCAACUAGAAGAGGUGAAGUACUUUUUGCUGUUGGAGGAUGGUGUAGUGGAGAUGCUAUAGCAUCUGUAGAAAAGUUCGAUCCACAAACAAUGGAAUGGAAGAUGGUAGCACCAAUGAGCAAAAGAAGAUGUGGAGUUGGUGUGGCUGUAUUGAAUGAUUUGUUAUAUGCAGUGGGAGGACAUGAUGGCCAAAGUUAUUUGAACAGCAUUGAAAGAUAUGAUCCCCAAACUGACCAGUGGUCUUGUGAUGUUGCCCCUACAACUUCUUGUAGGACAAGUGUGGGUGUUGCAGUACUUGAUAAUUUACUUUAUGCAGUUGGAGGACAGGAUGGUGUUCAAUGUUUAAACCAUGUUGAGAGAUAUGACCCUAAAGAGAAUAAAUGGACUAAAGUGGCCCCAAUGACGACUCGUCGCUUAGGAGUUGCAGUAGCCGUGUUGGGUAAUUAUCUGUAUGCUAUUGGGGGUUCAGACGGCCAAUCUCCUUUGAACACAGUGGAACGAUAUGACCCUCGCCAUAAUAAAUGGACGCUCGUCAGUCCAAUGUCAACAAGAAGGAAACACCUAGGAUGUGCUGUUUUCAACAAUUUAAUAUAUGCUGUAGGAGGAAGGGACGAUUGUAUGGAAUUAUCAAGUGCGGAAAGAUAUAAUCCUCAUACGAACACUUGGAGUCCUAUCGUAGCUAUGACAUCAAGAAGAAGUGGCGUUGGAUUGGCUGUAGUGAAUGGUCAGCUUUAUGCUGUUGGUGGUUUUGAUGGAACAGCUUAUCUCAAAACAAUAGAAUUUUAUGAUACAGAGCAAAAUCAAUGGAGAUUAUGUGGAUCAAUGAAUUAUAGAAGAUUAGGAGGUGGAGUUGGUGUUAUGAGAGCUCCACAAACUGAGAAUAGAGUCUGGUAGUAUUCACUAAUUAACUCAGAACACAUUAAGAAAUCAUUUUAGUAUAACACAAACAUUUGCGAGAUUUAUUCUACUUUAAAAUAAUCUAACUCAAUCAUCAAUCAUUUUUUCAGACAUAUAUUUAUGCAUUUCUUUGCUUUCUGGGAAAACUUUUCAGUUUAACUCAAAGUCAUCAAUACCAAUUUAUGUUUUCAAAGAAGUAAAAUAUUUUUAUUCAUUAUUUUAAAUUAUUUAUUUCAAUUUUAUAGUCUUUAUUUUUUAUAAACGUUAGUAUAUUCACAUAGGUUGUAUAUUCUUGAUGUUAUAGUGUGUAAAGAGCUGAAUUUUUCACAGCACAGAAUUUUGAAUUAUUGAAAAUCUCUGUAGUGGAUCAGAUGAUAAAGUAAACAGAAUAAAUACUCUAUUUCUUGUUGAAUGAAAUGUUUGAAUGUUCAUAUUUUCAAGCUUUUGGAUCUAUGUAGACUGUAGAGGGCGCAGUUGUGAGCACAUCUCUACAGUUACUAUACAACUCUUGUAUAGAGUCUCUGUAAACAGCUCUACAUUGACUCUAACAGGACAGUGGCUACAAUUGGAAAUCUAAGCUUUGGCUUAGAAGCACAAAUUACAAUGCUGUGAUUUGCUAUCUGGAAUGGAUGACCAAAUCCUCCAUGUUAUUGCAAAAACGAUGAAGAACGAGACCACAAUUGCCGCCCCUGUCACUAUAAAGAGCUCUGAUGGGGCGCAAUAGACCUUAAGGUCACAGUGAAAUAUGACCCCCUCAUCAAACUAUUAACUAUCUAUGUAGACCACAAAAGCCAAUUUAUAUCAAUAUUUGCCACCUUCUGAAUUAUUACAAAUUUUUAGUCUGAAGAAAAUAGAAAUUGAAGGAAAAUUAACCACAUACAGAAGCAUUAUUGAAUUCUGAAUCAAUAAUAGGUCAAACUUUCUUCUUGAAAAUAAGAAUAUCCACGAAUGUAUUCUUGCAAGGGAAAAUAUGUUUGAGGAACAUAUCUUCAACUUCACCAAAGAAUUGAUGGAAAAAAAAAUUAUAUACUUGAAAAUCUACUCAAAAUAGAUGUCAUUGUUGGUCUACACAUACUUUGAUGUGCGGACUUAUUUCCUUAUUGCAAUAUUGAAUUGUUACAUCUGUUAUCAUUUUAUGUUAUUUGAAAAUGUAUUUAUGAAUUUAAUUUAUAAUAAAAUUUCUAUAAAUCCCA